AUGGAUCUACAGUCCAACACACCCACCACACCCACCUUUAAGUGCUUGCUAUUAGGCGAUUCCGGCGUAGGUAAGUCCACUUUCUUGCGCCGUCAUGCCACUGGAGAGUUUAGAGAGCAGCAUGUGCCCACCAUUGGACUCAAUGUGCAUGCGCUGCUGCUGCAGACCAGUUACCAGGCAGCCAAGCUUGAGCUCUGGGAUGUUGCAGGCGAUUCGCGUCAUGGUGGCAUUCACAAUGGCUACUUCUUCUUUGCCAAAUGCGCUAUAAUAAUGUUUGAUCUGAGCGUGCCUAGCACUGCAAUCAGUGUGUCGCGUUGGCUGCAGCAGCUGGCGCAAAUCUGUGGCCAAGACUUGCCCAUUGUGAUAUGCGGCAACAAGGCGGAGCUGGAACGCAUGCCACAGCAGCUGGUGCUGCGGCAGCAAAGCAACUUGGAUUAUUGUGAGAUCUCCGCAUGUGCUGCAUGGAAUUUGGAUGCACCCUUGGAGCUGCUUUGCCGACGACUGCUGCAGCGCCAGGAUCUAAGACUCAUAGCGCAGCCCAAGCUAUUGGCUUUCGAAAGCUGCAUGUGCAAUUUGAAUAAGAUGAAGCAGCAAAUGGAGGCGGUAAGGCGUAAAAUGUUGGUAGCUAAAGACGCCGACUGCAACGUGGCAGAGGACGCCGAAAAUGAAGCUAAUCAGCGCAUUAUUUUAAAUUGA